GCCAACAGCUGUUUAAAAAGUGGCGGACGAGAUCAUGGUUGCUUUUUUGGGUGAAAUGUCUUAAAUAUAUGAAACCAAACAAUUUAUAAGAACUCUUAGAUAAAGAACAUUUUCUUAAACAUCAGUAAUGGUUAGAUCUAAGAAAAAUCAAAUGCACCCUCGCAAUGUGCUGCGCUCACCACCUGACUACACAAAAUUGGCCAUUAAAUACAAAGACUUUCGAAACGUUUGCUCAUUGGAAUUGACGGGCAAGGUUACAGUAAACUUUCGCCAGGAACGCACAUUACGUGAACUAACCAAAGUCCUUCUAAAAGAAUAUUUUCAAUUGGAUGUGGAUUUUGCUCCUGGAAGUUUAGUGCCCACAUUGGCUUUACGUUUAAAUUAUAUUUUAUGGUUGGAGGAUUUGCUAGGGGCACGAAAAGUAAACUCCAAAGUGCGGGGCAUUGAUAUAGGAUGUGGUUCAUCUUGUAUAUAUUCCCUGCUGGCAGCCAAAAAGAAUAAAUGGGAAAUGUUGGCUCUGGAAUCGAAGCCCCAGAACAUCGAAUAUGCUCGAGAAAAUGUUAAACGCAAUCAAUUGGACGGCCUAAUCCAAGUCUACGCCCAACCGGAUAAGACAGAUAUAUUUAAAACUUAUUUCGAUACGGCCAUCGAUGAGCAAGAUUAUUGCUUUUGCCUAUGUAAUCCUCCGUUUUUUGACUCGAACUCGGCUAAUCCUAUGGGUGGAGCCUCACGUAAUCCUGAGAGACGUCCGGCUCCAAAUAAUGCAAGAACGGGCAGCGCUGAAGAGCUAAGUUGUGCAGGUGGCGAAGUGCAGUUUGUUCAGUGCAUCAUAGAAGAAAGUGAAAUCUAUAAAGAACGCAUAUCUAUAUUCACGAGCAUGCUGGGAGUCAAAGCCAAUGUACCCAAAAUAUUGGUCAUAUUGAAAGAGCGAGGCAUUGAGCAUGUGGCCACCACAGAAUUUCAUCAAGGACAUACCACGCGCUGGGCAAUAGCCUGGAGCUAUCAACAGUUUGCUUAAUUUCAACGUUCACCGUUUUUUCUCUAUGCCUCUAAAUGCAAAUUUGCAUGUUCGUGGUCACUUUUUUUGGGCUCAAAACGGAAAUUAUCGUAUUCAUUUUUUAUCAUCUGCACAACAUAAACACGCACAGCACGUGGACCUGGGCAUGGGUUAGCGGGUUGAAGGCGUGGUCAUCGCCGCCCUUUCUUCGUCACGUUUUACUCCUACACACCUUAAGGUUUUACAAGUUCAGGUCUUUCUGUUAUUUUUAAUUAAUACCUCGAUAUACUCUUUUUAAAGGAUUUUAGAUGUUUUUAAUUAUUGUGUUAAAUAAUUUUUUUGAAUUCAUUUUGCUAAUAGGUAAGUAAUUGUAUUACAUAUAAUUACACCUUCAUUUCGAAAUGAAAUCGAAAUUAAAGUUUUAAAGAGCAUGUCUUAAAUAUAUCCUUUAGUAGAGUUGUAUUGUAAUUUACAAUACAAUUUGUAUCAACAUAA